AUCAAAACCAUUUCCAUACACCUUUAACUGGUUUCUCUGUCAGUGUUGGAAUCCACUGUCCUCCGACUUUGAACCGUAUGCUGUUGACCACUUUGCCUCUCUUUUGCACCAGGCUUCUUGAUUUACUGGGUUUAAAGGUUAUUCUGGCCCAUGUGACGAGGUUCUCCAGGGGUUCUUGCAUCCAUUUUCCUUCUAUUGCCAACCAAGUUGUAAUGGUCAUGUCGUCCACGAAGGCCUGUAUUGGUGGUUGCAGCACAUUAGACAAUGCAACAGGCCCUCUGCUUAGUCUUUCUGCUGACUUGACCAGGAAAUGGAUGAUGUGGUGGAGAGGAUGGAUGAUGCACCCAUGGACAAUCCCCACUACUAAUCUUUGGUGUACUCUCCAACAGUGAACCUCAUCUUAAACCCUUCAAAGUACCGCUAGAGGAUUUUCUGGAUCUUCUUUGGCAUGUGGUAUCUCUGCACUGUUGUAGUGAAUAGUUUAUGUGUAAUGGAGCCAUAUGCUUCGGUGAGGUCAAGCCACAGAACAGCGAGAUUCCCUUUGUUCUCCUUGGCCUCUCUGAUGUCAGUGCUCCAGUAUGCUCUAGGCCCUGACACUCCUGGUAUCCUUCCGUUUUGCUCUGCUAUAUCCAGGUCAGUGGCAGUAAGGCGGCACAUAUCCUGGCAUCUGGCUGCCUGGGGAAUCCCUCUGCCUUGCAACAUCCAGCUGCUGGCUGUCCAGAGGGCCAGGACCCAGGUUGAGCGGAAGAAGCUGAGCCGCAGCGCCCUCCAAAGGCAGAACCUGGCUAAGAUGAGAUUCUCCCCGGCAGAGAAAUGCUACAGCCACUUCAAGCAGCCCUGCCAGCGCCUCUGCAACUACUGAACAGGAGUGAUGGAACUGCUUGUGAGAGUGUGUCUCAAGUUGCCUCCACCAUAGCCCAGUGUGCAGCACAGUGCCAAGACUGAAUUACUCAGGUUUUCCACCAUUGUUUCACCUCACACAGUUAAUUCUUCAUAUCCACCAAGGCAUAGCAUGUGAGAUUCACCACUUUCGAUGUCAUAAACUGAUCAAAUAUCCGCCAAAUGAACAACUGCAACACAAGUUUUUAUUUUAAUUUUAACAUACACUGCAACCCUCACUUCUGAAACCAAUGACAACAACAUCAUGACAAUCAACAUCAUGAAUGACACAGUUGGCCCCUCAGGUUGGAAAACAUUGGUAACACAGUUACUUUAAAAUUAAAGCCUUUAUAUAUUAUCAAAUGAGAACAGUUGAGUUGCUGACUUUAGAUUGAUUAUAUAUAAGUAGCGGUAGGACUUAUAGGUUGAAGGUGUGUGAAAGUUAUUCUGAAGGUGUUGUUACUGUUACAGUGUGCGAUAUUGAUCCAAAUAUGAAAACUUCAUACAUGUAGAAUAUUUUGAUCUAAAUUUUGAUGCAGUUGGAUUAUAGCACAUUUUUAUUUGUUAUUCCUGGGUUGUAUUCAGUAUGUAUUAUAUUACUGUUUGUGCCUUAGCUUUAGACAUUCUUGUGAGAAGUGUAUUAAAAAUUUCACAUCACAUUGACCUGUACAGUAUACAUGUUGUGUGAAAACAUAACAAUACUCUGUGAAUUUCCUAUGAUAAAUGUUCCUUUUGUUUCUAAUUGAGUCUUAAGGAAUACUUACAAAACCACUGUUCAUGUUAUGUAUUAAGUCUACCAUUUUGUACUUUUCAGCGGGUACUCACUUUUUUCAUGUUACACAAAUUUUUCAUUUUAGACUCACAAGUGUAAAUACAGUUGAAUAUCGUAUUUUUUUAUUUGUACGGAUUUAUGAAAUGACAAAAACAUGCAAAUAAAUAUUGUUUUCUUAA